ACAGCAUGAUUUUCCCUGUCAUCAAGAGAUUGGAGUACCACAAUUUGUGGCUUUAUUCCCGCCAUUUAAGUUCCAAGUGCUCACAGCAUAUACGUUAUAUACUGUCCUAUCAUAGGAUAGUAAUUAUCUCCCGCCUAUUGUAAAUCAUGCUAUUUUAUCUGAAGAAAUCACAGAAAACACAUUAGAAGUAGAAGUUAUGCACAAAAAUAAAAGUAAUUAAUCAAUGCAACACUUUGCAACUAUUAUAAAUAAUUAUGUGAAUUCUGUGACCCAUCAAUAAACAGCAUAUCCCAAAAGAGUCGGUCAAGGUAGGAUUUUGUAGAAAGCAGAAUGAACGAGAGGUUAUGAUCAUUGAGAGCAAAUAAAAGAUUAAUAAGUGUUACUUCACUGUUAAUAAUUAGCUGAUCAUCUCACAGUCUGGGCUGGCCUUACCCUUUCCAUAAAUAGCAUCUGAAUGACCAGAAAGAGCUCUCACUGGCCUGCUGGCAUCACUGCCCUCACGCUGCACCUGAUCGUCCAUGAUGGCAUUCAGCGGAACCUGGCAGGUCUAUGCUCAAGAGAACUAUGAAGAAUUUCUGAAAGCUCUUGCACUGCCAGAAGACCUUAUCAAAGCCGCUCGAGAUAUUAAGCCUAUUGUUGAAAUACAACAAAAAGGAGAUGACUUUGUUGUGACAUCAAAAACACCCAAGCAGUCUGUGACUAAUUCCUUUACACUUGGAAAAGAGGCUGACAUCACUACUAUGGACGGCAAAAAGCUAAAGUGUACUGUGCACUUGGCAAAUGGGAAGCUUGUGUGCAAAUCAGAAAAAUUCUCACAUGAGCAAGAAGUUAAAGGAAAUGAAAUGGUAGAGACUAUUACUUUUGGUGGAGUUACACUUGUCAGAAGAAGCAAGAGAGUUUAAAGACAGAUCUCCUUCUUUGUGACAUCUUUACAUACUUAAAAUAAAGUGCACUUUCCAUAAGGUGUGUCCAUCUUUGCUACUGCUAUGUAGUACAGAAAAUAAUGAUGAUUUCUACUAUCCUUAUACAUACAAAUCACUUCCCAUUAUUAUAAGAUUCUGUUUUCCCCAAGUACACUUACAGAUCCCUUCUAUACCCAAAACGACUGAGGUCUCCUUAGACAACUGAAGCUGGACAUAGCUUAAAAUUGCUGAUUUGCCAUAGUAAUCACUGAGAAGGG